AACACGUAAUAAAGCAGGUGAAAGUGAAAGUUGUUUAUCUGGGUCACAAGACGGCUGCACUGUAGAAAAGACAUCAGACACUCCCUAACUGUUUUUCAGACCUUUAUUUAGUAAGAGUUUGGAUUAGGUGAAACAAUGGCAACGUCUACCAGCUCGGUGGGCAAAUUCUUACGACAGCUGUCUAUAAGAAAAAACACUGGGAACGUGAAAAAGAAACGACUUAUCCCGUCACGGACACAAUCUUUAAAAAUGCAGUUUGAAUUUAAAGACACAGAAAUCCCUCUUAAGCCAUGCUCAGUUCAGCAAAUCAGAGAUUAUAUAGUAAAUGAUAUGCUGAAAGAAGCCUAUCUGAAUCUGCUCUCCCUGUGCCUGGAGCUUCAGCAACAGCGGGCAGCUCUGGGGGAAGGAACUUGUCCUAUGGAUCUAGUCAGUAAAGAGACAGAUAUCAUUACGCUAUUUGAGACCCUAAGAAACAAAAUGGCUGACAUUGUGUGCUCAAGUUCUCUGCCUUCUUCUCAAAAUAAAGAGUUACUAAUGUAUGUGGCCACCAUUAUACUGGAGGAAGAGAAGAGACAGAUGAAGCCAGGGGGGAUGCCAGGGUGGAUGGAGGCAUGGAGGGAUGCAGUACAAGACGGGGUUAGAGAUACAUUGAAGAAGGUUCCCCUGGACAGUCGUGAGCAGAACACUUCCUGGUUGGCGGUGCAUCUGGGGCUUCUGGGUAAAACUAUUGUGGAGGAUCUGAAGAGAGUGGAGGCAGAACUUCUGAGCUCAUAUCCAGCAGACUUUAAAGUGUUUGAAACCUAUGUGUCCUGCCAUCAUGAGGCAGUGGGAGAGCAUUUAAAGAGACUUCUGGAACAUGUGACAGAGGUGAAAGAUUACUACGCUCUUCUAGAAUUUAUUAUCCAUCGCUACCCCAGUGAGAAGAUUAUGGGUAGUUUCUCAAUCCUGAGAGAGGAGCAGAGAGGUCUUAAACUGGCAGAAGACUGCUUAAAUAAAAUCAAGAACUCUUUGUGUCAUCGCCUAAAGGAGGACUUUACAGCUGCACUGGAAAAUAUCAUCAAGAUUGAAAGGGAGGAAGUGUGGAGAAUAAAGAAAACUCCUGACAGAACAGACAAUAGAUUCCUCACCUCACAAAUCCACACGGACAUCAGUCAGCUAAUAGCUAGUUAUGCUGACAAUCUGAAGAAUGUCGAUGAGAACCUGAGGAAUUCGGUUGUAUGCUUUUCUCUGGAGGAGAUAAAUCAGUUUCUUAGAAGAUUUGAAAAAGAGUUUUCACAGAAUACUUGCUCUCUAUUGACCUCUGAUCUGCUGGACUCCUGUCUGUGGGUAGAGUAUCACAUCACCUACAUGAACAGUUUGAACUUACUCAAAGAGCAUGUGCUCUGCUAUAAGGAGAGUUGUUCAGCUCAGGUGGAGCAGCUGGAGAAAGAGGUGGAUGGACUGACUCAAAGACUCAGCCAAACCCUGAUAGAACAUUUCAAAGCUGACAUCAAGCCUUACAUAAAUGGCAUGAUGACAAAGAAGUGGCUGGAAACAGAUGAAGAUUUUAACGAAGUGAUAUCCAGAAUUGAGAGUUAUUCUGGGCACUGUAAAUCCAUGAGAAAUCCAUCAGCUCAAUUUUUUGUGAAUGAUGUGCACAACUACGUAGUGAAGGAAUACGUCUCCCAGCUUAUGAUGCAAAAGUAUUCAUGCAAAAAUACAAAGAAAGAAGAUGCUGCUGUAAAAAUAAAAGAACAGUGGAAUGAGCUCAAUAAACUGUUUGAGGAAAUGGGAUCAUCUUUUCACUGGCUUUAUCCAGUGGGGUAUUACCUUAGUGACAUUAUUGGAAUGGACAAUUUGAAAAAUAUAAAAGAUAUCUUAAAUCCUUUGGUUAGUAAUUACCCAGACAUCAGCAAGAAGCAUUUGUCAGCUAUUCUGAACUUCCGAGGCACUGGUUUUGGUUUAGAGAAGCAGCAUGUGAUCAAACAGUUUAUUCUGCUUAAAAAGGAUGCAGGGAACACUAAUCAUGAGCACUCAUUCUUCGCUGACAUGAAGUGAGAUCUCUGCUUCAGGAACCAUUAGACUGAGGUGUGCCAAAUGAAAUAUAUGAAUAAGUCACACUUUUGAUGAUGUUGUUAAGGAAAACUUGGACACAACAGGCAGUACUUUUGGUUUCCACUUGGGGGAGACAGCAAACUGUACUGUAGAUAUAAGAUUUGCGUUUCCUCCAUAUUACCAAAUCAUGCAAAAAAGAGAAUAGAUUAAUUCUGUUUAUCUUCUGUGAUAACAAUCAUGUAAAUGUGGUGCGUAACACAAGCAGGGAUAGAGUAGGCUAUAAAUUCAACUACAGGUACAGGUAACAGGUAAUUUGGGGGUUAUUUAUAUUUUGUCCUUUUCUCAUUUGAGCUUUUUUUUUUGGUGAAGCCAUGCACAUUUAAAACCUGUUUUUAGCCAAAGCCUACUAUACUCUCCAAUUCUUAUCAGUCAAACCGCAUGAAAAUUAAAUCCAUUUAUGCCUGUAACUACAGAGUGUUGGUUGUGUUAUUUAAAGGAAUUCUCUGACGUCUUUAUGGUGUAUCGGCUACAUUUUCUAAGCCAAAAUCUUGACAUCUAUUUCAUUUUGGGAGACUUAUAGAGAUAUGUAAUGUGAGAUGCAACAUUCAUGUGGUCAUAGAUUUAUGUUUGUAUUUUUCCUGUAAUUUCAUAUCCUUUAAUUUGUCAUGCUUUGUAAUGCCUUAACUAUAAGAGGUGAUGGACUUGAUUGUUUUUUUUAUGUUAAAUUAAACAUAUAUUUUUUUAUCUCCACAUGCAA